AUGAGGAUGGCUGUAGAAAUAGGUCUGCAUUGCACUCCCGAGGCUUCUGAUGCCUCAGGUGGGGCCAAAGAUGAACGCAAUCGCGUCUUCUGGACCAUAUACGCAAUCGAGAUUACUCUUGCGUAUAAUCUCGGGCGCCCUCCGUCGAUAGGAGAAGACCAUAUCAUUAGUGGAUUGCCACAACCAACGAAUGGGAAUUCAAACAGCCUGCACUAUGUACGGCAUCGACAACUACAAAGCCGAAUCGUGGCUCAGAUAUAUGGCUCUAACAGCAGUGCUCGAAACAUGCCAGUCGAGAAAAGGGAGCUGCUGAUCUUGGACUUACAAAAGAGCCUUGACGAGUGGCAAGCCAAUAUACCAGUUGAGUCUCGCGACGAUGGACCAUACCCAUACAGCUACUGGAAUCGCCUCUACCAUGGAACAACGUUUGUCUUGCAUCGACAAAGUCCACUCUGCCCACGUCCCUCUGUUCAGUCUCUGGAGCGAUGUAUUAGAUCCGCCGGAAGCUAUAUCGACGACGUCAUUAAUCUUCUUCGCCUUAGCAACAUACCCCUGUCUUGGAUGUUGGUUCAAGGCGUCUUAUUUGCCGGCUUGACAAUGCUCAUAACAGCCAGGACUGGUCUUCACCAGUUAUUAUCGCAUGUUGAAGUAUCCUUCUUAAUAGUUGAUCUUCAGUCUUGGAUCAGAAAUUGUUCCAUCUGUCUCACAAUUAUGAAUGAACGCCUGAAAGAAGAGUUGUUGUCGAAAUUGAACUCUCAAUAUGAGCUACUAGCAAAUGAUACUCUCACUUUGAUAUCUUCAACUAUAACCUCACAAACCGCAAGCAGUUGCGCUGCAAGCUCUGUAUUUGGGACAAAUACAGACAAUAAUUUGGAGCUAGAUCAAGGCCUUAACAUUGGCACAUCAUAUGCUAGUAUAGACUUUGGGGAGGAGUAUGAGUAUUUCGAUAUAUUCAAAGACUUUAUGGGUCAAGACCUAACACAGACAUUUUGGAACAUAUUUCCAAACGACAUGAACUUGGCACCUCAUACAGAUUUGGACGAGAUAUCCGCUAAUAUACCUAGCUAG